AUUAAAACGGACCGUAAGGCGGCGUCAAACUACAACGUCAAUAUCCUGGUCUGAGGAGACGUUCAAAGACUUCAGUUUGACAGCAAGAUUAAAAAACAGAAUUAAGACAAUUUUGCUGUAUUACAUUGUGAAGUUUGGGAUAAGAAGACAGUGACAUUAUGGGGGACAAUGUUUGCAACGGGACGCACAACAAGAAGGCGCUGCUGUCAGACCCUCAGCUGUUUGAGGACCAGUUUGAGGACCUGGUGACGGAGCUCACAGAGAAAGACCUCACCGACCCCGCGCUGGCCGAUGCCUUGAGCAGGCUGAGAGAGGUUUUGGUGUACAACGUCCCUGGUGGGAAGAGGAACCGAGGCCUGUCUGUGAUUGGCUCUCUGCGGGAGCUUCUCCCUCCCUCUCAGCUCGGUCAGGACACGGUGCAGCGGGCCCUGUUGGUGGGAUGGUGCAUCGAGCUGCUUCAGGCAUUUUUCCUCGUGGCAGAUGAUAUCAUGGAUGGAUCUGUGACACGGAGAGGACAUCCCUGCUGGUACAAGAAGGAUGGAAUAGGUCUGGAUGCCAUCAAUGAUUCAUUUCUAUUAGAAUCCACAAUCUACAGACUACUUCGUAGAAACUGCAGGGAUCAGCCCUACUAUGUCCACUUACUGGAGCUAUUUAAUGAGACGUCUUUCCAGACAGAGCUCGGUCAGGCUCUGGACCUCAUGACGGCUCCACCUGGUCAGAUUGACCUCAACAGAUUCACCAUGGAAAGGUAUAAAGCUAUUGUAAAAUAUAAGACUGCCUUUUACUCGUUUUACCUCCCAGUGGCAGCUGCAAUGUACAUGGCGGGAAUCAGCAGUGAAGAGGAGCACAAUAACGCCAAACACAUUUUACUUGAGAUGGGGGAGUUCUUUCAAAUACAGGACGACUACUUGGACUGUUACGGUGACCCUGCUGUGACGGGGAAGAUUGGGACAGACAUUCAGGAUAACAAAUGCAGCUGGCUGGUAGUGAGAGCCCUGGAAGUCAUGAAUCAGGAGCAGAGAGCAGAGCUGGAGACAUGUUAUGGGCAGAACGAUGAGGCCAAUGUGGAAAAGGUCAAAGCACUGUACAACAGUCUGCAAAUGCCAACCCUGUACCACAAGUAUGAAGAGGAGAGUUACCAGCGGCUACAGAAACUCAUCGCGCGCCACGCUCAGAACCUCCCUCACUCGGUCUUCCUCAAUUUUGCCAAGAAAAUCUACAAGAGGAACAAGUGAGAGGGAAUGCUGGUCGUUAGAAAGUGUUAAAAGGACUUUUAUCGUGACGCACAAAUCAAAUCCUCUCCCAUUUUUCAGCAUGACCCGAGUAGGACGGAGAUAUUUGAAAUCCUGCAGGCAGUGUGGGACUGUAUACGCCGUCAAAUAAGGUGUUUUGUCCUGUGUUGGCUAUUUAUUGAACCAGCUGCAUAAUGUACAGAAGCAUAACUCUGGGAUGAAUCACACUGACUUAACUUCAGUAUCUGCCUGGCCUGGACAAUGCAAGGCAGGAUGAUGACUACUUUUGUAGGAACCGAUUUAUUUUUGAAAGAGACGCGACGUAUGUGAAAAUAGAAGGUGUACACGUGGUGAAAUCUGACCAGCUUUCUUAACUCCAUAUGUUUUUAUACUGUUGCUGGGAAGUCUGUCUAGGUCCUGAAUGUAAUCGUAAUAAAUCACAUUAAUAGUA